AUAAUCGAUUGACAAGUGUCAAGUAAUAAGAGUAUUUCGUGAUUACAACCUUAUCAUCCGUCUUUCAUUACUUUGACGUCGGUGUGAGUGGUCGCUCUACGCAAAGAUGUCGUCCAAAGUAUCUCGUGAUACACUCUACGAGUGCGUAAAUGCCGUGCUCCAGAACUCAAAAGACAAGAAGCGUAACUUCCUGGAGACAGUGGAGCUACAAAUCGGUCUGAAGAACUAUGACCCCCAAAAGGACAAGCGUUUCUCCGGUACCGUCAAGCUCAAGUACAUCCCCCGUCCCAAGAUGCAGGUGUGUGUUCUUGGAGACCAACAGCACUGUGAUGAAGCUAAACAGUUGACUGUGCCGUGUAUGGAUGCUGAAGCUCUUAAAAAACUGAACAAGAACAAGAAGCUUGUCAAAAAACUGGCUAAGAAAUAUGAUGCAUUCCUUGCCUCAGAAUCCCUAAUCAAACAGAUCCCGCGUCUGCUGGGUCCUGGUCUCAACAAGGCCGGCAAGUUCCCUGGUCUGCUCUCCCACCAGGAAUCCAUGACUCAGAAGAUUGAUGAGGUCAAAGCCACCAUCAAAUUCCAGAUGAAGAAGGUGCUGUGUCUCUCUGUAGCGGUAGGCCAUGUGGACAUGACGCCCGAUGAGCUUGCACAGAAUGUGCACUUAUCAAUCAACUUCCUUGUGUCGCUGCUUAAGAAACACUGGCAGAAUGUGCGCUCACUGCAUAUGAAGUCCACUAUGGGCCCGCCCCAAAGAUUGUACUAAGUUGACACAAUAAAUAUUGACUAAUAUCUA